AUGUUUGGAUCGGGUCUCGGGAAAUUUUUUUUUCCUAUCAAAACGUCGUACGGUUUUCUAUUGUCGGAAAUUGCUCCGAGGGCCAUUAACAACUACGGGUCGGAUCGAUUGGAGAUUUUUUUCAAAACGUUUGGGCGUCCUCUUGUCGACGAAAUCACUGCCAUACCCGUCGCAGACGUCAGCCCCUCGUCCACAACCGAAACGCUUAUUGUGACGGUGCUCGUGUGUUUACCCACCGGUGAAUUUUGCGCUUUUCGAAUUCGAUUUCGACACUGCCAAGGAGAAUACGCCUCGCAUUCACCGGAUUCGGAUGACACGUACUUCGGAGACGACUCCGAGGAGGGGCGCGACGAUCAAUACCUGGUUUCGGACAGGUGCGAGAGCAAAUUCUAUGGGUCUGUUCACGGGGGAUCGACAGCCGGAUCGACGGCCGCAGCAGGAGGGUUCAGCGCGGCCAGCGCCAACAUCACUAGAUCCAUUAAGGCGGCCACGUACCUGUGCCCGGCCAUAUUCCCGUGGGUGGACAUGGGACCGGCCACCGAGGAGAGCGGAAUGGUGGUGCUCAAGCUGGUCGGCGUGUUCUACGUGCUCAUCAUCGUGUUCGACGUGCUCCUAGUGUUCGUGUCUUCCGAGUCGUCCACUUUUGUCUACAUACUGCUGUACGCCCUGCUGAUCGCCGUGAUCGCCGUGCUGGGCGCCAUAUCCCGCAAACCCCAGAACAAACAAAUACUUGUGUUCAAAACACCGUGGGUUCCAUUUGUACCGUCAUUCUCCAUUGCCGUCAAUUUGUAUUUGAUAUUUCAGCUGAGCUCGAUGACUCUACUCCGGAUCGUCGUAUGGGUUUCAAUUGGUCUAUUCGUCUACUUCUAUUACGGGAUAAAGCACAGCACGUUGGAACCGCGGGUGGACGAGGACGAGAGAAUUGAACUGAAAAUGAAAUCGCAGACGAUGACAAAACCGCAAAACAAUCGACCACCGGCUCCGGCCAAGACUUCCGCUAACACCAACACCACCUCCACCGCCAACACCGCCAACACCACCACUACUACCACCGCCACUGCAGCCUCCACCAGAGUAGCCUCAUCCGCCACCACUGCAUCAGUGGUCGACGAGAAUAAGACCGAACCGAAGAGGCCGACCAACCUGGAACCGUUACCCGCCAACAACGACAGUAAUUUGUUUGUGUCACCGUCCGCGUUCCCGAAGUGGGAAGACUAG